AUGACUUCGGAUCAUGAAAGUCUCGUAAGCCUUGAGGGUCCCGUCUUUGAGCAGACCGACGAUCAAGGAGCGACACUGGGGCAAAACAUAGAUGGACCACCCGAGCCAACACAGCCGCCUGCUCGCCGGCAAGCUUCGAGGAACAAAUACGUCUGUCGAAUAUGUGGCCAGUCAUUCAUUCGAGGAGAACAUCUCCGGCGGCAUGAGCAAUCCCACGGUAAAGACAAACCGUAUAAAUGUCGCCAAUGUCACAGCAGAUUCUCCAGAAAGGAUACACUGCUACGACACGUUCGGAAGUUCCAUCCUGAUCGGGAAACCCACUCCCCCUCGGGGGUCGAUGUGGAUAUGUCCAGCCCGAAUUCCUUGCCACAGUCUGUGAACACGGAUUCAACAGAAGCACCUGGAUCUCUGCCAUGUGGCGAACAUUCAGACACCAUCGUCGUGGAGAGACUUUUGGCAGAAGGUUCUCGCCGUGCUCUCAGCCGGGGGAGAGCAGAUUCGGUAUUGGGCGACCUCCAUGUUAAUGCAAUCAGUCAACAAAUAGACGACCCAUGCAACAUGGACGCGCCACAGGACCACGGAUUCUCUGAGCAGCCCGGGGAGAAUAUAUAUGGAUUAUUGAGCCAUCUGGAGAGCGCGACUGUCCCUACGGGGAUAGGUGGCUUCCAGCCUCCUCAACAGCCCGACGAUCGCAGUCGUUCACUGUUGCACGAACACCCAUUGUGGUUCCCGGAUGGCGAGUCAAGCUUCUUUGACAUCAACGAGCUAGCAAUGAUACUCUCGCCCAACAUGCCGCCAUCUACUCCAGGCAGAAGACACCCCUCCCCGCCGGGCUUUUCGGGCCUCCAGUCGGGCCUCUUUGUUACUACACCCCAACCCCCCCAACACUCGCAGCCUUCCCAACCAGUGGGUUUCUCCGAGGAUGAAGAAUACCUGCAUAAUAUCAUGGCCACGACGGACAAAGCCUAUACUGCUGCGCACUCCCCUGUGGUGACCGACUCGGAAGCGAGCGCCUGCGUGGAGACCAUCAAAUCGCUAUCCUCUUCGACAGAUGGCGAUCGCACGAAGCUGCCGCUCUCGAAGAACAUGAUCAGUCGUUAUUUUACAGCCUAUGUCCGGUAUUUCGACCCUCACACUCCGAUCGUGCAUCUUGCCACGUUUAAGAUUGCCGAUGCACCAGCCUCCCUCACCUUGGCCAUUCUCACCAUCGGAGCACUCUAUGCGAGUGAACCAGAUAGGGCAUCUGCUCUUCAUAAAAUGGCCAGCGAGUGCCUAGAACAGGCAGAAAGACAACGCGCACUGCUUGAUAUCCACGAACAGGAUCCAUGUGCAGUCAUAGGUGCAGUCCAGAGCCGAGUGCUGCUGGCUCAAUAUGAUCUGUGCAGUAACGAUGGUACACUGGUCGAUUCUGGUCUCGUGCAUCUCUUGAAGGCUGGAUCGAUCUUCCGGAACGGGAUUCCUAGCAGCCAUUGCGACGAAUGGACUUCGUGGAUCUAUGCCGAGUCCUUUAGAAGGGCUGAGCUAUGGACGCUGGUCCUCUGCGCUGUAUUUGGCGCCGACGGACAAGUGGCGGUGCAUCUCCCCAACCUCGAAGAUACUCACCACGUGCUGCUGCCUUGCCCACAGGAGAUCUGGACCGAACCGACAAGGGAUGGCUGGUUAACAGCAACCUCCAACGAGGCCGAGUCGCAUCCCGAGACCUUCGGCUCUUCCCUGGCCACAUUAAUACAAGGCGACCCCCUCACCACGACGGUGAGUCCGUUUGGAACGCUUGCUCUUAUUGCAGGCCUCCUGGUCUACAUUCUGACCCUCGAACGCACGACACCGCCGGGCUCGUAUAAUAUGCGGUCUCCCUGGAUCCCGUCGGCGGAAAAGUCGUUGAAAUCGUGGGAGACGGCUUGGAAGAACCACCCGCAAGGACCGGCGCAAUGCCCAACGGGCGACAAGAAGGAGGAUUUGCUAGCGGACUGUGUCUCGUUAUUCCUGACCGCCUGUUAUCACACCUAUGCGUCUCCCUUGCUGAAGCAUAUGAAGGCAUCGCUUGGGCUCAAGGUGCUGUCGGGUGAUGCUCCUCUGUUGACGCCAGAGGCCGCGCCAGACAGAAACUUGACGAGGGGACACAGGAUCCCGACGGCCAACGGUGCAAUAUCGAUGGAAGCAUGGGAGCAGCUGCUCACUCCGCAGAGUGAGGUACAGUGGCGUGAUCUCAACCAAGCAGCCCGAUUGGCUGCCGGGUACAUAUUGGUCCGCGCCAAACAGGGGUUUCGUAAUGUCGCGCGAACCGCACCGCUCGAGAUGGGAUUCCACAAUGUCUUGUGUGGAUUCGAAGGGGCGCUCCUCGUCUCCUGCUGGGAAUUCGCAGCCUCGAAGCAGGGACGGUCGGAUCCAAACGCGCUGUUGUUACGUGGUAUCAUCCAAGAUAUCAUAGAAGAGAUGGACGAGCAGAUGUUCCAUGGGCUGGAGGUUAAACAGUACCCUGCGAUUGCGUCGCUCACCGGCCUUCAAUCCAUGAUGAAUUACGGCUGGGUGUGGUCUUUGGCUCAUAGGAGAGCAGAGCAGCUGCGGCUUCACGAAACCAGGAUGAUAGCGGCACUGGACCAGAGAGCGCGGACGCGAGAUUAA